AUGGAAGUAUCAAGUUCAGUAUUACAAUUCAAAGGAGAAUUCAAAGCUCCUACCACUACCACUUUGAGUUUAAAGAACCCAACUGGUUCUCCAAUUGCUUUCAAAAUCAAAACAAAUGCCCCAAAAGUUUACUCAGUUAAACCAAAUUUUGGUAUCUUAGCCCCUUCAGAUUCUGCUAAAAUUUCCAUCACUUUAGGUGCCUUAACUCAAACUUUACCUAAGAACUAUAGAAGUAACCAUAAGUUCUUAAUUAUGGGCUUACCAUGUGAAGGAGUUAGUGAUGUCUCAGAAAUUUCUGCUAAUUGGUCAAAUUUACAAGAGAAGUUCAGUUCUCAAGUUACUUCAACUAAAGUUAGAGUUGAAUAUGUUACAGGUGAUGGCCAAGAAAGAUUGAAUGGCAAAUCUAAGAGAAUUUCCAAAUUUGUUGCUAAUGGUUCAGCUAAUGAAAGUGGUUCUGGUGCCGGUGCUGGAGCAGCUGCUGGAGCUGGUGGAAUUAUUGCUGCUGCUGGAGCUGCCGGAGCUGCUGCUGCUCAUAAUAAACACCGUAAUCAUGGCCACGGUCACAACAAUAACCAUAAUAAUUCAAACGGUGGAGCAAACACUUCGGGUGCCCAUCCUUAUAGAGAAAUGGAACCUUCCACUCCUCGUCAAACUUCAAGUUAUCCAAUUUCUUCUCCUUCAUCUCCUGAAGCAGCUCCUUCUUCAAUGGCCUUAACUAGAUUAGAGAACAAGAUCGAUGAAUUAUCUGCAGAGCAUCAAAGGUAUGGAAAGAAAUUAGAAAAUGCAGAGAAAUUGUUGGUUAUUGCUUUAAUGUUAUUAUCUUUCAUUCUUGGUAAAUCUGUUGUCUAG